CCUGGAACAGCCUACGCCCUUCACACCGGCUUCCCCGAAACAAUUUGUACAGAUACCAGGAAAAACUCCGUUACAUAAGACAGGCUCUAGAUAAUUGAGACAAGUGUCAAUAAACCUGCAGCAUCUGAAAAAAGGAGAGCGGCAGAGAGCGCGCGGGGCUUUACGCACGGAUACAGCAUUUCAUGCGUCUUUUGGCCACUUCUUCACUUCUUCUCUGAGCUGCUGCGAAGCAACAGGUCGAGAUGUUCCCCCUGCCGAUGUUCACACCGGACCAGGUAGCUCGGGUGUGCGAAAACCUGGAGGAGACCGGGGAUAUCGAGCGCCUCGGUCGGUUCCUCUGGUCCCUGCCAGCCGCCGUCCCUGGUUCCGCCGGGGAAGCGCUCAACCGACACGAGUCCAUAAUGCGAGCCAGAGCGCUGGUCGCGUUUCACGGAGGGAACUUCGAGGCUCUUUACCAAAUCCUGCAGAGUCACCGUUUCACGCGCGAGUCUCACGCCAAGCUGCAAGACCUGUGGCUGGACGCGCACUACCGAGAGGCAGAGAGGCUCCGUGGGAGACCUCUUGGCCCGGUGGAGAAGUACCGCAUCCGCAAGAAGUUCCCGCUGCCCCGCACCAUCUGGGACGGCGAGCAGAAGACGCACUGCUUCAAGGAAAGAACUCGCAGUUUGCUACGAGAGUGGUAUCUCCAAGAUCCGUAUCCCAAUCCGUCCAGGAAACGCCACCUGGCCCAGGCCACCGGGCUCACACCUACGCAAGUCGGGAACUGGUUCAAGAACCGCCGGCAAAGAGACAGAGCUGCCUCAGCAAAGAACAGGCUGCAGCAGGAUCCUUCCCUCCUGCCCUCUGAAAGCUCUCCCAACGGCUCCCUCCAGGGACGCCACCAUCACCCCCACCUGCUGCCCGCCUCCCCUCGCCACCCGGGCAGCCCCGAGGCCAGCGACUGCAGCACAGAGCCCGAGCCCAGAGGAACCGGAGCCUCCACCCCGGAGAUCUCCGUCAGCAGCGACAGCGAGUUUGAGUCUUGAGACGAAGGACUCUCUGUCGCAGACGGGCAGACUCUUGCUAUUGUCUGUGAUCAGACCCAGACACACUUACAAAGACACUUGAACUUUCAGCGGUGGGAGGAGGGCAAGGAUGAGACCACUUGUUGUGGAUGUGAGUGGACAAAGUAAAGAUAUGCACUUAAAAAAAAGCACCAUGGCACAUGACUCUGACUGUUAUGUAUUAGUUUAAUGUGACUCAGUGCUGUAAAAAGAUAAACAUCCAGUUGAGUUUCAAACUCUCAGGCGAAGUAUUUGUAGAGAUCAUGCCUAUGAGCUUUAGAAGAGAUUUUGAAUAUUAAUAUUUUAAGGUCGAAUGCUAUUUUGGUAGAGACAGUUUUCACAGUUUUUAUGGAAGCUACAAAAAGAAAAAUGCCUUGUGCAGGCUGUUACUGUAUGUCAGUAUGUUAACACGCACAUUGUUUCAUUUGAUUAUCUUCAGAUAAGAACCAAAAACAAACUGUGAAAAUCCCCUAGAACUGGCAGAGACGUCCCCACACAGUGUUACAGUUUUAUCACUCCUGAAAAAUUACAUUUAAAAAAUGCACAGCUGCCAGUGGUGGCACACUUAAUGAUAAUAAAGGCACAUUUAUUAAAAUUAAAAGCAGCCGGUAAAUGUACAAAAUCUAUCUUGCUGCGCUGCAGUUUGCAUGUUAACAUAGGGACGUACCAACUCAACACAUUUCACUGCCUUAAAAUGGAACUAAGGGCAUCACUGUUUUGCAAUGCAAUAACAAGCAACACGUUUAGAGAGACCAUGCACACAUGCUGCUUAAAAUACAAACCAUGUCAUUGUGGGCUGUUUUACCUUUUUCGCUGAUCAAAAUCUGCUGGAAAUGCUCCUGAGCUGCUCUGAUGAUGACGAAUUCCUGCAGGAGCCGACGCAGAGGUGAAAGAGGAAUCAGAGAGAAUAAAACACACUCGUCGGUCUUAACUCAAUGUGCCUAUUACAUCUGAGAACAGUGAGACCUAAUCAGGCAUGAGACUGUCCUCAUGACAACGACACACGCAAAGGCCUACUGUUUGCUGUCUUUCUUAACGACCAUCAUUUCUCAUAAAGUAUCGUUUUAAUGAUAAAUGUGUAUUUUGUAAUGUUUUGUGUAAAUAA